AUGGCGGCAAGUUUGUCUUCUAAAGUUCUUCAUCGUGAUUUUAUUCGUUGUUGUCGUUUGACAUAUCGACAGCUGCGGUCGAUUCGUACUAUUGCUUCCACUUCUAAUAAGGAAUUCCAAGUUACAGAGAUUAAAAAGUAUGACGAGAAGAUCCAAUUCACAAGCUUAGAUGGAGAAAAUGCAAGAACAGACAGCAGUGUUUCUUCUUUACCAAGCUAUAAGCAGAUUACAGAACAGCAAGUUCACCCUUUAAUGGCAAUGCCUUUCAAUGUUAUUUCAGGUGGAAAGUUUGCAAUCCAUUUAUUGAAAAAGUUUGAUAGCAAGAGAGUUCUAAUCUUUGUCCGUGCAGCAGUGCUAGCAACUGAGCUUUGCACUGAACUUAAGGAAAAUGGGAUUUCAUGUUUAGAUGGUACUUCACUCACUAAACAGGAAGUAAAAAUCACAGAAGAUAAGGAGUUCAUCAUUGUUGGAUGUUAUCAAGRUGCAAACAGGCACUCRUUCCCCAAAGCAGACCUGAUUAUCAUGGUGCAACCUCCAGUGGAUGGCAUACAUUCAGUCAUCAGAUUCUUGUUGCAGCAGAGUUUCAACACGUCCUCAGGAAAAGCUGUAAUGUUGUACAAUGAAAAUGACCUAAGUUCUUUAAAAGAGAUUCAGCAAUACGUUGAGGUUGUCAAAUUGAAUCCUCCAUCUUUCUUUAGUGUAAAACAAUCCAUUGACGUCAUUCCUCACAACGCUUCAGCAGGACUUCCAAGUGUAAGCCAAGAGGAGCCUUUAACCGAGAUGGAAAGACCUUUACCCGCCAAAGUACCACAGUACGCGAUGUUUCGUCCAAYUGUACAGGUACCACGAAAUAGCGGUUCAGGUCGCACAAGACUCAACGACUAUGUUCGAUUGUAUGUACGAGGUGGUAGUGGGGGUCAAGGCUCGCUUACCUAUGCYGGUCUUGGUGGAGAUGGUGGUAAUGUUGUCCUACAAUGUCAGCAAGGAGCAACUUUUGAUCAUUUCUCACUGAAGCAAAAUCGACGUGUGAUAGCUGGUCAUGGAGGUCACUUCACAAAAGAAAARCGAAAGAAAAAAGGACUAAGAGGUCUUGAUGUCAUUGUACCAGUUCCUCCMGGAACAACMGUAUCGACUGAUGAURGACAAUUUCUAGCAGAGAUGAAUAAUGUGGGAUCCAGACUUCUUGUAGCUCAUGGAGGCCAAGGUGGAAAUCCCUCUACAGAGGGUUGGGGCGGAGAAAAAGGGAAAUGCCAUAUGAUCAGGCUUAAUCUUAGAUUAAUGGCAGAUGUUGGACUUGUAGGGUUUCCAAAUGCAGGCAAAUCGAGCUUAUUAGGAGAGAUAAGCAGAGCAUCGGUAAAAACAGGCGAUUUUCCAUUUACGACUGUUCGUCCAUCUAUAGGAAUGAUGGAGUUUUCAGAUCAUUUUCAAGUAAGCGUGGCUGAUUUACCUGGUCUUGUUGAAGGAGCUCAUCUCAAUCGUGGAAUGGGACAUAAAUUCCUCAAACACGUCGAAAGAACAACAAUUUUGUUACUUGUGGUCGAUGUGAACGGUUUUCAACUUUCAAAUCAACAUCCAAAGAGGAACGCAUUCCAAUCUUUAUGUCUACUGGCCAAGGAGUUGUAUUCCUACAAUAACCGCUUGGCCAAUAGACCUAAAGUACUAGUUGUAACCAAGAUGGAUUCUGACGAUUCUGAUAAGAAGUACGCAUCUUUCAUAGAAGACUUAAACGUUUUAAGGCAACAAGGCUUAUCAAAUGUUUUACAAGACAUUGAACCCGACAAAAAGAUACAACAAGCAGAAAAAUGUUCCACAAACCAUCUUGUUACCGACAGUUUAGAAUUUGAAGACAUUAUUCCUUUAUCAGUCAUAACAGGAAUAGGGAUGGAACAGCUUCGGCAGAGACUAAGAAAAUUACUAAUUGACUAAAUACUAUUAUUUUCAAAUUUAAUAAAAUAAUUUAAAACGAUAAA